AUGUCUGCGCCUGAACCGCUACGUGAAGUAGUGGUGGCGGAUGACAAGCUCCGGGCCAAUACCUCGAGAUCGGCAUCUGAGGAAGCCAAGGCCUCCGAUCUGGAUGUGCAGCCUGCACAAAAGAAAAAUUGGUAUCGCAGACUGAAUCCGCUGCGAAUGCAAAAGAUCCCCUCCGUCCCAACGGAGCGAUCUGUAUCGCAUGAACAUGGCGCUUCUUUUUUUAGUGUUCUUUCCUUUCAAUGGAUGUCCCCGUUGAUGAAAGUGGGUUAUCUACGUCCACUCGAAUUGCAGGAUAUCUGGACUGUCAAUCCCGAUCGGGCCGUUGAUGUAUUGUCCGGCCGAUUAGACGCUGCAUUGGAAAAGCGCAUGGAGAGUGGUAUUAACCGCCCGCUUCUCUGGGCGUUGUAUGACACGUUCAGGUUUGAAUUUCUGCUCGGCGGUAUCUGUCAGUUUUUCAGUUCGCUGUUGCUGGUCUUUGCGCCAUAUUUGACGCGGUACCUGAUUGCUUUUGCGACGGAGGCUUAUGUCGCAGAAAAGACCGGUCAGCCGGCGCCUCACAUUGGCAAGGGUAUGGGGUUCGUCGUUGGUAUCACCUGUAUGCAGGCACUGCAGAGCUUAUGCACAAAUCAGUUCCUGUAUCGGGGUCAAGUCGUUGGUGGGCAGAUUCGCGCGGUGCUUAUUUCUCACAUCUUCAACAAGGCUAUGAAAUUAUCUGGUCGGGCCAAGGCAGGAGGACAAGCUACCCCAGAAGAAGUCAAAGCCUUGGAGACAACCAAGGAUGCUCUCUUAAAGCCCGAAGAAAAAGGGAAGAAACAGAAGCCUGAUAUUGCACUGCCUGCACCCGGUGGCGUUGCAGGUGAUGGCCGCGGAUGGAACAAUGGUCGUAUCACGGCUCUCAUGAGUAUUGAUGUGGACCGAAUUAACCUGGCUUGUGGCAUGUUCCAUAUGAUCUGGACAGCACCCAUCUCCAUUAUAGUGACACUCGUUCUUCUAUUGGUCAACAUUGGCUACAGUUGUUUGUCCGGGUACGCACUGCUCAUAAUCGGAAUGCCAUUUUUGACUUUCGCUGUGCGAUCUUUGAUCACUCGACGACGGAGUAUCAACAAGAUUACAGACCAACGUGUGUCUCUCACGCAGGAAAUCCUACAAGCUGUGCGCUUCGUGAAAUACUUCGGUUGGGAAAGCAGUUUCCUCGGCCGUCUGAAAGAGAUCCGUGGACGAGAAAUCCGAUCCAUCCAGACACUGCUUGCAAUCCGAAAUGCCAUUCUUUGUGUGGCGAUGUCUAUUCCUGUUUUCGCCUCGAUGUUGGCUUUCGUUACCUAUGCGCUUUCAAAUCAUGACUUGGACCCUGCACCGAUUUUCUCUUCGUUGGCGCUAUUCAAUUCACUGCGGAUGCCGUUGAACAUGCUGCCAAUGGUUAUCGGUCAGGUGACCGAUGCUUCGACUGCUUUUAAUAGAAUCCAGGAGUUCUUGCUUGCCGAAGAACAAACAGAAGAUAUCGAGCGGGAUCAGAACAUGGAGAAUGCAAUCGAGAUGGAACAUGCUUCAUUUACCUGGGAGCGCCUUCCGACAGAUGAAAAGGAUGCAGACAAAGCCGAGAAGAAGGCAGCUGCACCCCCGAACGAACAGAAAAGGCAACACAAAAACAGGAUAACGCGGAUGAAACCCCUAUAG